ACAACAUAACAAUUAUGGCAUAUUGGUUUCACAGAAACCCAUUAAAGGCGACAAGUCAAGUAAACUUUGAAUUGAAAUUAAUUGUCAGUGAUUCGCAAGCAGUUCAAGUUUGCAGUGAAAUAAGACAAAGCAGGAAUAGACUGCUGGAUUUGUUGAGCGAUCCAAAUAAUGAUGCUGCGACAUUGACAACGGCAUUUGAAAGAUAUUUGAGUUUCCUCCAUGGCUUAAUUGUUGCUCCUGACGAAAAAGGUGGAGAGAGUAAAUUACGGUAUUCUGCAAGAUUUCGAUGGACACAAUCUCUUAUGGGGAAUACGCCUUUGGCUCAACAGGAUGCUGUCUUUGAACUGGUAUCCAUUUGCCAGAAUGUUGGAAUUUGGUUCAUGAAGCAUGCUGCAAUGAUAGCUGGAAAAGAUGAGAUCAAUAUGGAUGAAGCAAAAGAAGUUCAUAAGUGCUUACGCAAGGCAGCUGGAUACUUUUCCGCUAUGCAAGAAAAAUAUGUAGGAAGCUUGCUUCAGAAACCCGUGCCUGGAUCCGAUUUAGAUUCUAGCAUUGUGAAUGCAUACAUAAGUCAGUGCACAGCUGAAGCUCAAGAAGUAACUAUCGCUCGAGCCAUUGAAUUGAAACAUGCUCCAAGCCUUAUCUCAGCGUUAGCGAAUGAAACUUCCAGAAUGUAUAGUUCCGGAGCAAACUAUCUGAGCAAACUUAGCUCAUCAAAAAUUGCAAAAUGGCAGAAGUAUUUUGAGCUAAAAAGUACUUUUUAUCUUGCAUACGCAUAUUGCUAUGCAGGAGAGAAUCUUUUGUCACAAGAAAAGUGUGGUGAUGCCGUUAGAUCGUUACAGGAAAGUGAGAAAUGCUACAUCUCUGCAAUCAAACAGUGUAAGGAUUACAUAAGCUUAAAAGGUGCUGGUGUCGCUGCAAAACCUGAAAAUCAUCUUUUCUUUAGAAGCUUGGGGCCAGUCAUUAAGCGGACAUUAGAAAAAUGUGAAAGAGAAAAUGGUUUUAUAUUUCAUCAAAAGGUUCCUGCGGAUCCCCUGCCUUUGGAAAUUAAAGCAACAUAUGGGCUUGUGAGCCCAGAAGACUUUACGUUGCCUCCUAUUAAUUCUCUUUGGACUCCGGUUGCUUAUGCUGCCUUUGAUUCCGCAAAACUCAACCCUAAUGACCCAGCUUUUUCAAAAUCUGCUCAGAAAGCUGAAGGUGAAAUCCCUCCUGUGAAAGAAGUUAAUGUCCAUCAAACUGGGAAGGAUCCUAAGAACAACAGUGGUUGUGUGGUGCAAUAAAGUAUAAGAGAAAACUAUGUAAAUAAGAUAAAUAUUUUCAAGUUUAUCAGCAACAUUGUUUUUUACUUUAAAAGUUCUAUGCAAAUUCAACACUUAUUAUUUCACUGCGCACAAGGUAAAAGAUUCAUUUCAUGUUUCAUGGGAGGAAAUCAUGCCAAUUAGUUUGCUAAAGUAAAUCGUUAUUCUAAACACAAAAAGUAUCUUUGGUUUUUUUUUUCUUUUGUUAAAAUAUUUGGAGGACUUUCGAAUUUUUCCUUAUGUUUUUUUUUAUUAUCAUUUUUACCUAAAUAUUUUAAUACAUUUGCAUUAAAAUGCCUCGGACUUACUCAAACGAAGCAAUACUAUGCAUAUACAUUUUUUUCUACGCCAGUUAUAUCUUUGAUAACCAUAGUCAUAAUAUAUACAUUUCUUUAUUGUAGCCUUCAAAUUAAGUUUUAAUGUAUGAAUAUAUUUAACAUUUCUUCUAAUAAUUUGGUAUUCCCCAUUGUCAUUAAAUCAUGUACGAUUCAUAAUCAAUAGCGAUCUGGUUUUAUACUGGGUAUAACUGGUUUCAUUUGUUUAUUAUACUAAUACUCUGUAUUGAAAGAAAAAGUGCUUAAUUAUGCACUUAUGUUAAGAAGGCAGUAAGAAGCAAAGGAAAGUAAGAAGACAUUUUAAAAUUUUGAAUUAAACAAUGAAGGCUUUCAUUGAUAAGUUUCUC